AUGCGGAGCUUCAUUUUGAUUCCGCUGUUCGCCGCUUUGGCGGCGGCCGAUGCCAUGCAAGAGGAAAGCGACUCUUUGUACCAAGAGGGUGACAACAGUUAUAUGCCUAUGUUUACUGAAGAUCAACUGAAGUACCCUAUCACCGCCCCUCUUGAUAUAGCCUGCAGUUACUACGAGGCAAACUACAACCCUAAGAUAUUCACCAGCAAGUCUGGCAAUGUCAAAAGAGUUGUGUUCCACGCUCCAGAUGACACUCUUUUCAAAGAGAUCAAUCAUGAUAACGUGAGGAUCUUCGAUCCUGAAUCCUUCCUCGGAUACAAGGUCGUUGUUGAUUACAUUAACGAUACCGCUCGUUAUGUGCAAAUCUAUGGUUUGGUGAGCCGUGGUAUUUACGGUGUAAGGUAUCUGGUUAACACCAACAAGGGAUUCCAGAAGGUGUCUCGUCCUCUGUUCAUCAGGCACAGGACACAACACAGUACCGCUUACACCCUUGACCUGCAGGCACCUAAGGAACAGAUGUUGGAGCACAACACCGUUCGUAGCAAUGAAAGCUCCCCUCACAACAUGACCACUUACUACCCUCGGUUCAACCACUACGUUGAGACUAUUGUGGCCGGUUCGUCUAAGCUUUGGGAGCACGACCCUGUUGCUGCUGACAUUUGUUUGAAGGUUAUGACUUACACUUUUGACGGUCAGAACUACUGUGUCGUCCGUACCAUGGACUGGAACGGUUUGAUGGAAGAGUUUUUGUUCGUUGAGGGUAAAAAACGUUACACCCUCCUUGCUCACAUUCCCAAGGAUUCAUUCUACACCCAGGCCGCUGAUGCUGCUGCAGGCACUGCAAAGUCUGAGCCUAAGCUCAUCAACUACACCCAAAUUCUACCCCGUAGGAAUGGUGCAAUGGAAUUGUUCAACACCGCAAAACUGAUUAAGGUGAACUUCCGCGGGGAACCUACCGCAAACGACCAUUGGACACUCACCAAGGACCAAACUCCUUCUGGUAACCACGAGGAAGUUUUCACUCCCGAGGAAGGUACCCUUAUUUACAGGUUAACAGACGGCAAGCACCUUGUCUGGCAUCGUCCCGGUUUGGCCAUCAAGCGCGGUUCUCUCAUCAGUACCGUGGAUGGCUCUGAAUUUCUCCAGCUUACUGUAAUCAACGAUGAGGGUGCUACUCUCGAGUACUACUUCCAGAAGCACGCCAACUACUGGUGGCCUAUUUCUAAGAGUCAAGUGUUGCGUAAAACCAACCCUAAGGCUCUUGAGGACACCACCGAGGACAAUAUUAGGAUCACUGUCAAGAACCUAAACCACGAACAGCUCGAAGCAUUGAAGCAGCGUACGCGCGUUCGCUUCGACACUGAGAAGAUUGAAGACCCCGCAUGGACAACUGACCGUUUGAACUACGGUAACAUGCUCACAAGGAAGUACUGCACUGCCCGCAAGCCUGAAUACGUCUUUGACGGUUUCGUUUCUGGUGACGAGACCAUUGUGGAUUUGAAGGGCAAAUAUCUUUCUACCGAAACCCUCCACUACAGGGUUAAGGGUCUUGAUCUUUUAGCCUUUAACGCGUUUAACCUUGAGAACGGCAAGGGUAAAUUGUACUUCUUCUUGAAGCGUGAAAAGCACUGGAUACCUAUUGGCGAGCGUGUCUUCAACAGAUUCUACGAUGACAUCAUGGCCUACAUCUAUAGCAAGAGGAUUAAGGGAGGUGACGAAGAUGAGGGUUACUCUACCGACACCGACGCCACCAGGCAGCCCGAUGUCGACGUUGAGCUUCCUUUCCAACACGAAUUUGACGAGCACACUGGUGGUCACAAGGUCGACCAACUUCCCACUGAAGAGGAGAAGGAAGAGGGUGAAGGUGAAGAAGAGGAAGAGAAGAAGGAGCCCACCUACAUUCGCCUCCAACUCAAGGGUUACCAGGAUGACAAUUGCACCAUCCACACUGUCAGCGGUGACGACAAAUCUGUCAGGAUCAUCUACACACCUAACGAAGGUUACCUUUUCGACGAAGUCCACGAAAGUCAAUCCACUGUUUUCGCAGUGCCUGGUUUCACUGUCACUGAAGUGAUUCUAGACCAGAUGCCUGAUGGUCAGCACUUCUUGCAGGUUAUUGCCCACGACAAGGAGGGCCUCCAGCGCAUUUUCUACUACUACAAGAUCAAGAAAUACUACGACUUCAAGGAAAUUAGCCGUGCCAACUACACAAAUAUCCGUUACCGAUGCAUGGCACGCUUCCACGUUGACAUUACUAGCAAGAACCGACGUGGCAAGUGUUUGAUCAGGUUGGAUUCCAAGCACUACAAAAAUGUCCGUGCUUUCAUUCCCCGUUACAACUGUGUCAUUGAUGUGGUUAAACACAAGGAAUCUCCCAUUUGGACUUUCGACGAGUUGAACCCUGAGGUUGUCACCCGUAUUGUCACCUUCAACCGUGACAACAUUCGUGGUGUCUUGUUGCAAGUGAUUGACGCCAAGGCUGAGCAUGUUGAGAGACUUUACCUCAACACUAACCCCAAGACGAACGAUUACGCUUUGUUUGUGCACAAGGGUGAAAUGUUUGCCUUGUUCAAGGAAUAUUUGUUGAACAGAAGGUCUGGUAUUCCCGGUUUCAGGAAAUACAAGGAUAACGACAUCGACUGGACCAACGUCAUCGAUGACAACUCUCCUGAAUACAGCCUUAUCCGUCCAGGCUAUCGUAAGGAGGCCGUUGAAGAGAAGCCUGAGGAGCAUGACGCUGAGGAAGGAGCUGAGGAAGAAGGUGAGGAAGAAGGUGAGGAAGGCGACGCUGCCUCGGUUGUAUCUGGUGAUGUAGCAGGUAGCCAUCUUGAGGGUGAGGAGGAGAAAGAAACACCCAUCGUUGACCCUGAAGCCGAGGAAGCUGAGAAAGCUAGGAAGGAGACCCUUGAAGCCAGGUUGAGGCACAAGAACGCCAUCAAGGAGAGCUCCUACUAUGUCAGCCUUCCAUUGGUUGUGCACAACGUCAUCCACAAGGAGGGUAUUGUGUGGGAUGCCGCUGGCAGCGGUGAAGUGUGCCUUGACUUCAGGAAGUACUCUAAGAACCAAUACCGUCUUGUUGAGUGUGAGAUCAUGAGCCCCGAUGGUCGUGUAGAGAUCAGGUACUUCAUGAACACCCACAACGGUAGGGGUCACUACAAGGAGGUCGAAUUGUGCAAGAUCGGUUCUGAUAUUUGA